AUGACGUGUUCACCAUUUCUCCUCGGUGGAGUUAUCAACGAACAUCUAAAACGAUGGGAGAUCAAAUAUCCAAACCUGGUUAAAGAAGUCCGAGACGGGCUGUACGUCGACGACCUGAUGACGGGGGGAGAAUCAGUAGAAACCGUGACAACGAAACAGGAAAAAGUCGUCGAAGUGUUCAAAGAUGGAUCAUUCAAACUACACAAAUGGCAUUCGAAUGUUGCGAGUCUUGAAGAAAACAUGUCUGACAACAACGAGGUACCUUCCCUUGGAACAGCUCAACUCGAUACGAACAAGCGAGAAACGAAGUUGUUCGGGUUGCCAUGGGACAAAACGAAGGACACACUCAGCGUUGAGACAACACGGAAGCCAGUAACAACCAAGCGAGAGGCGUUGUCGGAGCUAGCGAAAGUUUUUGAUCCUUUAGGCUUGGUUUCCCCAACGACCUUAGUCGCGAAACAACUUUACAGGGAAAUGUGCGAAGCCAAACUUCCAUGGGACGGGGUGCUAACUGAGGAAAUCAAGAAACGAUGGGAAGAAUGGCAGCUCGUAGUAUCGAUGACGUUUACAGUACCACGGAGUUUAGCACCGUUUUUUCAACACGUAACAGCAGUCACCCUCCACGCGUUUGGUGAUGCCAGCAAACUCGGCGUAGCAACGGCGGUGUAUGCGGUCGUAGAACAAAGGAACGGUACGACUCAAGGUCUGGUUUGCUCAAAGUCGCGCCUUGCCAAGAAAAGCCUUACCAUACCUCGACUCGAGCUCGUAGCUGCUCAUAUGGCAAAGAAUCUGGUAGUGAAUGUAGAGCGUGCUAUUGAUACCGUCGUAAAGGUCGUGGCAGUCCAUUGUUGGAGUGAUUCCACUGUUACUCUUUACUGGAUCAACGGCCAAGGGGAGUAUCGACAGUUCGUCUCUAAUCGUGUAGCGAAGAUAAAGGAGCAAGCACAUGUACAAUGGCACCAUGUCCCCUCCGAAGGAAACCCAGCUGACUUGGGGAGUCGAGGAAACAAGUGUGUAGACAGCGAGUUAUGGCGACAAGGUCCUGACUGGCUGAGUGAUCCGAGCAAGUGGCCCCCAAAUAUUGUCCUGGAACCCAGUCAAGAAAGCAGAGCUGAAAGGAAGUGCUUGAAAACUGUCUUCACCACGACAACAGCAGCACCGAGAGCUUCUGAUCAACUAGACGAGCUACUUGAGAAGCGUGUACUUCGCAAGGUUUUAAGGAUCGGAGCAUGGGUUCGAAGGUUCGUCGAAAAUUGUUAA